CCGUUGUACUGCUUUCCUUAAUCUUUGACUGAUGCUUCUGCACGAUCAAUAUCCUUUCUUUCUCCAUUUCCCUUUUUCUUUGCUUUUUUUCACUUGAAGAUUGAUUGUUCAGAGUUGUGAGCUGUUUACGCUCACUCCUCAUGGCUCAUUAUUGUCGCAAUUAGGAUGUCUUCUGGGACUAAGGUGGGGGUGGAUGAGUGGGGGCCGACAUUAAAAUCCACUGACCCCCCUGAUGUUCUCAUCUAGUCGGGGAUGUUCAGCGAAGCAGUCUUUGACAGAAACUUAUUGUGGUCAAGGGGUAAGAAAGCGUCUCAAACAAGUGGAUUAAGUGAGAGAGAUCGCAAGCGAGGGGGAACGCGAGUGUAUACGUACGCAUGUGUGUGUGUGUGUGAGAGAGACAGAGAGAGAGAGAGCAGGAGACGGAGAGAGGACGAGAGCGUGGGGGGUGUUUGAGUUGCCGCUGCUUGUGCUGUUGAAGAGGAAAUAAUCACAGUGUUGCUUCCUCAUGAAUUAUUAAGAAGCCCUCCAGCCUCUUUUAGCUUGAGUCAAAAUGCUGCAUUUUCCUCUGUGGCUAUAAAGCAAAGAGGAGAUUUGUUGUAUGUUUUUUGUUGUUGUUGUUUUUUGUUUCCUAGGUGUAUCACAGCUGAUAAGCUGGACUCAUAAGCGUGCCGAACAAGUGCUCAGAUGAGCAGUCCGAGCGCAGCACCAGGAGCAUCAGCACUGGAGAGCUGGAACUGAGAGACAGAAGCAGUUCCCUCCACUGCACGCGACAGCAGCGGACGCUCUCGCUCUGCAUGCUUUUUUUCCCUUCCGUUCUUUCUGGAGUUGAGAUCUUGUUCGUCAGAGCAACGGGACUUAGUGGAUACUGGGGCUGCAAGCUGUUAUCCAAGCAUCCCAAACGCAGACCUGGCUGCCCACAUGCCGAUCGAAUUUGUUUGCAAAAUCAAAUUUGCAGAGGAGGAUGAGAAGCAGAAAGGCAACCAGGAUGGGGACAAGGAAAGCCUGAUUGAAGAGAGCUGCAGCCCCCCAGCCAAGGACCUGGCCGGCUUCGCCAAUGCCUGCUCGCUCCAUGGGAUUAACCAUAUCUUUGUGUCGGGUCGGCUGGGUGUCAGACAGACCCUCUGGGCUCUCGCGUUCCUGGUGUCCCUGGCUCUCUUUCUAUACCAGGCGGCAAAGUGUGCCAUCUCCUACCUGGAGCAUCCUCACAUCACGGCGCUGAAUGAGGAGGCCACCCCGGAGAUGAUGUUCCCUGCCGUGACCAUCUGCAACAUCAACCGUUUCCGCUUUUCCGCUCUUACCGACGCUGACAUCUACCACCUGGCCAACCUGACCGGCUUGCCCCCCAAAAACAAGGACGGCCACAAGCCCACCGAUUUGGAGUAUCCAGCGCCAGACAUGCAGGACAUCUUCAACCGGACGGGUCACCAGCUGGAAGAGAUGCUGAAGAGCUGCAACUUCAGUGGGCAGAACUGUUCGGCCGAAGACUUUACAGUGGUCUACACAAGAUACGGGAAAUGCUAUACUUUCAAUGGGAACAAAACAACCUCCAGGAAGACUAAGCAAGGAGGGAUGGGAACGGGACUGGAGAUCAUGUUGGAUAUCCAGCAGGAUGAAUAUCUACCUAUCUGGAAAGAGACAAAUGAAACAUCUUUAGAGGCAGGAAUCCGUGUUCAGAUCCACAGUCAGGAUGAGCCGCCCUACAUCCAUCAACUGGGCUUUGGAGUCUCUCCGGGAUUCCAGACCUUUGUAUCCUGUCAAGAGCAAAGGUUGACCUACCUGCCCCAGCCUUGGGGGAACUGCCGCUCCACCAGUGAGCAGAUGAUCCCAGGUUACGAUACCUACAGUAUCAGCGCCUGCCGACUGCGCUGCGAGACUCUUGAGGUUCAGCGUGUGUGCAAAUGCAGGAUGGUGCACAUGCCGGGAGAUGCCGAUAUCUGUACUCCCAGCAAUAUCAAAUGUGUGGACAAAGCACUUGCACUGCUACAGACAAGUUCAGGUGACACAUGCUUGUGUGAAACUCCCUGUAACCUGACACGCUAUGGUAAAGAGCUGUCCAUGGUUAAAAUCCCCAGCAAAGGCUCAGCUCGCUAUCUGUCUAGAAAAUACGACAAAACUGAAGACUACAUCAGAGACAACUUCCUUGUUUUGGACGUUUUCUUUGAAGCUCUAAAUUAUGAAACAAUAGAACAGAAAAAAGCUUAUGACGUUGCAGGAUUAUUAGGGGACAUUGGUGGGCAGAUGGGUCUUUUUAUAGGAGCCAGUGUGCUCACCAUCUUGGAGAUUCUGGAUUAUGUAUAUGAGGUGAUCAAACACAGGUUGGAGCGUUUGCUCAGAUCACAAAGAGAAGACAAAAAGCAAACCCAGCAGCAGCAACCCAGCACAGUCGCCACAGUAAAGCUGGAGGAAAUGAAAGUUAAGGAUUCUGGCGAGAUGAGCCGGAGCCACUCAGAGGGUGCUUAUGCUAACACCAAUCUCCCAAAUCACCAUCACCACCACCGUACCCACCACCGAGUGUUCGAAGACUUCGCCUGCUAGGAAGACUCAUCUGGCGGGUGGGUCUAGUGCUGUUGACGUCUACAGAAAGAGUUCUCUCAGUGCUGAAGGUGGGCUCAAUGAAAGACCCUCAAAUCUCAGCGCUAAUCUCUCUCGCUGUCACCAGUUAAAGCUACAGCCAAAGCCGAACUCUAAACCCUCGCUUCUAGGUACGGAUCGGACAUUGCGGUCCAGCAGGAGACUCUCUGAAAUCCUGUCCAUCCCCACCCCCCACCCGCCUCCUAUAGCAGGAAGUGACAUCAGUGGCAACUCUAUGAUUUCUACACUGAAUACCUUGGUACUGGGCCUCUACUAUAUCAAGGCAUAGACUGCAUGACAUCUAGAGCCACUUUAUACUCCAGAUCUUGUUUGAAGCAUUACAUUCUUUAUAUUUUGUCAGCUGUUAGAGUUUUAUUCGGUGAGUUCUCAUCUUGUGAAAUAUUAUAAUUCAGAUUAAUCUACAAAUGUAAAUGAUGUAUUUGAAUCAUGGCUAUCAACCCUUAGGCUCCAGAGCAUAAGAGAAAUAACUUUACUCUGGUAUACUCUUUCUCUGAAAUCAUGGGGACGGUGUAGAAUAGUUUAAGUGUUUCAGAAAAGUAAUAUGUAUCCAUCUCUACUGGAUAUGUCUUAUAAAUGUUUCCUUUAUCUCAAAUGGUUUAUGAUUAAGUUAACUUAAAGUAUAUUGAAUAAUUCAAACAAAUUUUGUAAUGUUAUUUAUAGAGCUGUAACGUGUGAGUGGUAAUGGGUGUCAUUAGCGGUAACAACAUAAUCUUCUGUGAGGUUACUUCCCAACGGAGAGCCAAAUGAUGUGUACAGUAAAGCCCACCAGCCCACCAGAGCCAUUGCGGUAACCAUAUGGAAAAGGUUUGUUUCAUCCAUCCAUCAGCUGAUGGAUCCACUCUCCCAGAUCUCCCAAAAGUGUUUAAUGAAACAGACCUUAUGUUCCUAGUUUCACUUUUGAAUGAGACAGAGUGCAGCGGUUCCACAGAGAAUGAUAAACCGGGUUUGCUCAGCACACUCACAAAGUAUGAGAAAUCUGAUGCACCGCAGCGUAUGGCUUCAUGUUUAAAAGUCAGUCGAUGAGUUUUUCUCAGGGUUCUUAGCUGCGAAAUGUCUAGCGGUCUCUUUGACAAAAGGCCAGAUGUGCAAAGCAUUUCAAUCAGAAACCACCAGCUUUUCUGUGUGCAAGAACUGACAUUCAAUGACGUUUCAAAGAUGAAAAACGUUUCCAUUUUACUGUAGCUCCAGUUCUAAUAGCGUAAAUACCAGUAUUGAAUCUGUGGUUUCAAAUAUGGCUAAUAUUACUGUAAGUCAACAUUGUAGCACCCCUAUCUUUUUUAUUUUGGGCCUUUUGGAAAUGCAUUACUUUGUAAUCAGACAUUUCAGGUGCAGUUCUUGUAUAAUUAAUGUCUGAUGACUUUAUUAGCUUAAUGGGUGUUAUAAUUUAUGAUGAUGUGUGUAAGACUUCAUUGUUUAAAAGUUGUGCUAUUAAAAUGAGCAGAA